AUGUUGGCAAGGUCCUGCUUGCGCUCGGCGCGCACCUUCACAAAUGGCGCCGUCACCAUUUCCAAGCGUGCGGCGUCCACUUCCACCGGCGCUGGUGCCGAAGCUUCCCACUCCCGAUUGAACAUCUCCGCCGUUGCGUCGACGUCUCUCGCCCUGGGCUCUAUGGCCUGGUACUACCACCUCUACGGACCUUCGGCGAACGCUGCCACGCCCGCUGAGGAGGGUCUGCACCCUACCAACUACCCUUGGGUUCACGAGCAAUGGUUCAAGACCUUCGACCACCAGGCUCUCCGCCGUGGUUUCCAGGUCUACCGCGAGGUCUGCGCCUCUUGCCACUCCCUCAGCCGUGUUCCCUACCGUGCCCUGGUCGGUACCGUCCUGACCGUCGACGAGGCCAAGGCGAUGGCCGAGGAGAACGAGUACCCUGGUGAGCCCAACGAGCAGGGCGACAUCGAGAUGCGCCCCGGCAAGCUGUCCGACUACAUCCCCGACCCAUACAAGAACGAGGAGGCUGCCCGCUUUGCCAACAACGGUGCCCUCCCCCCCGAUCUGUCUCUCAUCAUCAAGGCCCGCCACGGUGGCUGCAACUACAUCUUCAGCUUGCUUACUGGUUACCCCGACGAGCCCCCCGCCGGCGCUGUCGUCGCCCCCGGCAUGAACUUCAACCCCUACUUCCCCGGUACCGGUAUCGCCAUGGCCCGUGUCCUCUACGACGGCCUCGUCGAGUACGAGGACGAGACCCCGGCUUCGACCUCUCAGAUGGCCAAGGACGUCGUCGAGUUCCUCAACUGGGCCGCUGAGCCCGAGAUGGAUGACCGCAAGCGCAUGGGUAUGAAGGUUCUUGUCGUUUCGGCCACGCUCUGGGCUAUCAGCGUCUGGGUUAAAAAGUACAAGUGGGCUUGGCUUAAGUCGAGGAAGCUCGCGUACGACCCUCCCAAGGAGACCAAGGUUCGCCACUAA